AGCAGAUGCCUGUUACCCCACACUUUUGCUGUGUUCUGUUCUGAUCUUCGUCCCUUGCUGUGUUCGCUCUCCGCUUCUGGUCGGCCGGUGGGACUCUCUAACUCCACAUCCUCGUAGACAGCAUGCAGAACUACGGCCAAUCUGUGUAUGAGAGGCCUGGCAGCACAACGAGCUUUGCAGGACAGCCGCCGCCUCCAGUACCGCCAUAUCAUCAGCAGCAAUGGGGUCAGCAGCUGCCUCAGCACCAGCAGCAACAGGCGGCCCCUGGUUACAACCCUGGAACAUAUGGGGUAAUGCCUGGUGGCUACGCCCAGGGCUCGCAGUACCCGCCAACAACACAGUCGUCAGAUCCCUACGCACCUCAGCCACAUAACGAUGUACCUCCUCCACCACCGCCCAAACCCCAUAGCUUCGCGGCUGCGGUUCAUAAACAGAACGAGCAGAGCGUUCAAUAUGCUCAGAGCCCGCAGAAUACUCAGAGCUGGCAACAGCCGCAGCAGCCGCAACAGUCGAAUACAAGCAUUGCGCCGCAAGCACAGCAUGUAGGCUACCCUGUGUACAACAACGCUGCACCUCCACUGCCUUCUGGCCCUGCUGGCUCAUACUUCCCUCCGUCGCAAGGAGGUCGGCCUGGCUCGAUAUAUGGCGCAGACCAGGUUGGCGCUGCACCCUCCCCAGUGAACCAGCGUCCUGCCAGUACGGUUAUGAGUCCCAACGAGCAGGCUCCAGCAUACAUACCGCCAUCACUUUCUGGACAGGGGGUACAGGCGUAUAUGCCAUCGAAUACAAACCCCAUGCCUGGCGUAUACGUACCUCCUCCACCAGACGUCCCAGCCUGGCAACAGGCCCAGCAUGCACCUUUGCAAGGCGGUAACAAGAGGUUCACAUAUACCAGACCGACGGUGGAUCCCAGCUCUUACGCACAGGGCCACCAAGGGGUGCAGCCAAUGCAACAACAACCGCCGCCUCUGCCAUCGCGGCAUGAUCAGGCUGGUUUGCCUUCGCUACAGCAACCUUACGGACAGCCGCCGCAGUACCCAUCUCAGAGCCAUGCGCCGCAACAGCAGCAGCCGCCGCCGCCGCAACCUCCACCAAUUCAUGGCCAGUUCACACAACAGCAGCAACAACCUCAAGCUCCAGCUCACUUUGGGCAGCUUGGGCAACCCGUCCAACCUCUCCAACAGCAGUACAGUCAGCCUUCGGUGCCACAGACCUACAUUCAGCAACAAGCGGCGCAACUGGAGCAGUAUGCGCAAAGGCACCAACAUCAGCAAACACACCAGCAGAUGCAGAGUCCUGUACAGUCACAACCCCAAUGGCAGGCGCCAGGACCGGCACAAAGUGUCUAUACGCAGCAGCAUCAGGAUACCAGUCAGCCGGCAUACGGGUACCAACAGCAACAGCAACAGCAACAGCAACAGCAACAACAACCACCACAGCAACAGCAACAACAACAACCACCACAGCAACAAUGGCAACCGUCAAAUCAACCGCAACAGCCUCCUCUGGGACAACAGUGUCACCCUGCACCAGAGCAGGCCAUGCAGGCACCGAAACCCAUUGACCGCACCGAUACUACACCACCGAAUCUCGUAAAUCAACCGAGUCCCCAGAGCCAAUUCGUGUCUCCUGUUACCAGUCAACAUGCCUCGAGCUUUGCACCGGGCCACCCAACAUCUGCGCGCACUGAUUCAGUAAGUUCGAUCGCGCUGGCCAACUUGCAUUCGCAGCGUGCAGCGGACCGGACAGCUUCGCCCAAACCUCCUUCUUUCAAAAAUCCUACGCCACCCCCACCUCGAGAUGAUGCAUCGAGGUUCAGUGCCUUAGGCACUGGCGGUCCCUCAGAUUGGGAGACUUUUGGCGCAGGGGAUGAGAUUGAUGAUGAGGCCCUGUUCGCGAAGAAGCCUAGGCCAGUACAGUUGGAUAGUGUUGAGCUGCCCGCUCAUCAGCCCUCGCCUCCUUCUACGCAGGGCUGGCCAAGUCCUGCUAACCCACCUGCUCCUACAACUCGAAAUGACGCACAUGACACCUACCAGCCGACGCCUCCAACCACCACAGUCAGUCCUGUUCACAGAGCACCUUCCCCCAGAACCCCUCAGCAAAGCUUUUUCGCAAAAGACGCGCUCGUCGCGCCCGUGCGAGCCUCACUCAAGCCACUCCAAAAGCACGAAGUGUCUCAAGAUGCCCGUCACGGUUUUGUGAUGGGUGAGGUACUGUGGGACGUACCAAACUCACCAAAACAGAUAGACAAUACAUCGCAACAAGCACAACUCGAGGGACCUGGCGCAGUCAGUGGUGGACCGCAGGGUUUCGAGAUUCCCGCGCCUAUACAAGUGCCCCCUCCUAUCCAGAUACCUGCAAUCAACACGCUGGAGCCGUCUGUGGAAACACCACGGCAGAAGAGACCUGGCGCAACACGUUUCUUCUCUGAUGUUGGUACAACAUGGGGCCUGUCUCCCAAAGACAAGGAUCAGAACCGCGCAUCUGACCCAUGGGGCUCUAAAGAAGACAGCGAUCUUCCAGCCAAGCUGCAAGCGAAGGACGAGGAGUUAUGGCGCCUUCGCAGAGAGUGCAAGACCGAGAUGGAGAGGGUACAGGCCGAUAUCGAGGCCGGAAAAGCCGAAUUCUUGGCUGAAAUCGACCGCUUGAAGGCUGACAAGGAGGCAGCCAGAGCGCUUGCAGAUAAGCAGAGUCUCCAACUGGACCAGCAGAUCGAGGCCAUGAAAGCUGCUGCAGAGCAGGCAAAGAUCGAUGCUGAUGUUCUGAGAAAGGAGAAUAACUUAACCAUUGAGAGAAUCAAAGAAGACAUAGAGGGAAAAGAAGACACGAUCAAAGAGCGCGAUGCAACGAUCGUAGAUCUUCGACAACAGCUUGACGACCUUCGCAGGCAGCUGGAAGAAGAGAGGAUGAAGGAACUGCCGGCACCUUCCGAACCCACAGCUCUGGAUAUGAUCCCGGAUUUGGAUCCUUGGUACGCCAGCUCUCUCGAACGUUACAUCGCCAUGCUUCGUGGCGAAGCGAAUGAACCACAAGUCGAGGACAAAAUCAAGACCUUCAAGGCUUUCUUGAAAGCUGAAUCUGCCAUCAGAGGCAUUGAAUAUCACGAUACUGCACCAGCUGUUCCAGUGGUUGAGCAUCCGGUUCCUAGUGAAACAGUUCAACCUGUUGGUGCCCAGAGCACAUCUGGUGCAGCGGCAGAGAAGCGCAAUCUCAAUGUCACCCUACCACAAGAAUCGCCUGAUGAUGACGAUUAUGAGUACAGUCCCGGUGGCCGACCUCUUCUGAAACGUCCUACGGUUCCGGUCGAAGACAGCAAUUCAACGCACGCGCCGUUCGUACCUUCCUCGCAAUCAACAGCCAUCCUGACCCCAGCAAGCUCGGUUCACGAUGAUUCGACACCCCUUCAGUCUCCACCCGAUGAACCGCCACAGCUGCAAUACAAGGCCUACGUGCCACCCAUCAUGUCAACAGACGCUAUGUCAUCUCUCGCUCAACGAAAAGCGACGGGCCCUUCAGUCCUGCCAAACGUUACUUCCCCUAUUGGCUCUGGAAAGAACCACGACGAAAUAUUCUUCGGGGCUCAAGAGACAAGCGGAACUCGAGCGGGUCACAGACCUACAAGCAGUGACGAUACAGGUGGUGUGCCUGUUGUGGCUCCACUGAAUUUUGCAUCGAGCCGUCCUGUCUCCAUGUCAGUACCACCAAAAGUCAAUGCGCUCAACGCACUCAGCAGUCUCCUACCAGAUCAAGUCAAACCUGCUGCAUCGAGUCCUGUUCUCGAAAAAUUACGAGCGGAAGCUGCGACUAUAAAGUCUGACUCAAAGAAUGUCGAGGAGCUUACGAAGUCAUGGGAGAAGUCAGCGUCACUAACACGCAAGAAGAAUGCUGAUGCACGUCGAAAACGCGCAGAUGAAAGUGAAGCCCACAACGACGAUCUCUUCAACUCCAACGAGAUCUCCUACGCUGAACUGAAGGAUCUCGAGGCUGAGUUGAAAGACAAGGAGAGCAAACUGAAGGCUCAGGAAGAUCAAGAUGAGUGCAAGAGCUAUGUCGAGACGGUCUUUGACAGAGUGUACAACGAGUUUCAGGCUGACAUCACCGCACUUGACGACCUGUCCAUCAAGGCCGAAACGUUGCUUCAGACCUCGGUCUCUGGAGUCAAGAGCCUUGGCGACGGUGACGCGCCGACUACGAAAGCCUGCCUUGAGCUUCUCGUAGACUUGCACGCGCAGAUCGAGAAGACCCAUGAACAGGUUGUGCAGGCCGUGGCUGAGCGAGACAAGCGAUACAAGAAGACCGAGACCCAGCCGUUGUACACCGCCGGCAACAUCGCCAAGAUGAAGUUGGUCGAGAGGCACUUUGAGCAAGCCGAGAAACAAGCUAUCCACCGGGCGAAGAACGAAAAGGCAGAGCGCAUGAGCCAGCUCGUCAAGGUCGCCGAAGAGGCCGCCGUUAGCGCCGUAAGCACCGAACAAAGUGAUCGCAGUCGCAUCAUUGCUGCGAUCCGUGACCUCAAAGAUGGCGACGAGGCUUCGGACAUCUUGAGCCGAGCAAACGGGACGCUCAACCUUCUCCACGAAUCAUCGAAGUUGCUUCUGGCCAUAUUCAACCGUCUGGAGAUCGGGCUCAAUACUGCGGAAGUCGAUGCUGAUGUUGCACAAGCACGUGUGGAGGGCGCACCUGAGUCUAAAGUGCAAGACCUGCAAUCUGGGACGAACGCAAGGGAGACGGAGCUGAAGGAGGAGUUCACGAGGCGGAUUGGUGUGCUUGAUCAAGAUCGGGAGGAGUUCGUGCAGCUGAUCAGAGAGAAGGGAGGUAGUGUAGAAACCAGCGACGAGCAAGAGAGGGAGAAGAGGCUUAAGAUGGCGCUUGACCAGGCCAAGAGAAGGAACGGCCAUGCAUAAGUACAAUUGUAUACACGUGUCACGGUAUCGAGGUCUUGAGCAAGUGUUCUUAGAAGGUUUGGAGGCUUUUCGCUAUUCCGGGACGGCUAUGCAUGUUUGUAGUUCACACACAUUUCAGCACGAC